AUGGUACGGGUACAUCUCGUUUCAUUCUACUCGAUUUGACUUGUGAUCACGCUUAAAAGAGUAUCAGUAGUUAUGGAUUCUACUUGUCAAAAUUCAGAUUUUAGUGCUAAAUACUUACUUAGUCAAUUAAAUGUAGCGCGAAAAGAAAUUAAUAAUUUGAGACAACAAAUGAAGAGUCUUCGAUAUAUACAUGAAAAAGAUAUCGAUACUAUAAAGCGUCUCUUAGAAUCAUACAGAAAUGGAUCACCCAUGUCUGAAGCAAAAGUUAUAAUUCCAGAUGAUGUAAAACCUAGCACUAGCACUGAUGAUGAUACUAUAAAGUUGAAACCAAUUGGGGUAAUAUCUACUUGGUUUCCUAGUAAACGUGGUACACCUAGACAGACAGGAGUUUGUGGAAAAGUACCAGGAAAGCUACUACUAUACAACUCAAUAUUUACUAAUCCAGAUCAUGCUCUUGAAGGAUUACAAGAUUUUUCACAUAUGUGGGUUCUAUUUUACUUUCAUAGGAAUGACUCAACACAUGUUCGUGCUAAAGUUGCACCACCAAGGUUAAAUGGUACAAAAACUGGUGUAUUUUCUACACGUUCUCCUCAUCGUCCAUGUCCAAUUGGUUUAAGUUUAGUAAAAAUUACAAACAUAGAAAGUCAUACAAUUUAUUUUGAAGGUGUAGAUAUGGUAGAUCAAUCACCUGUAUUAGAUAUAAAACCUUAUGUACCACAAUAUGAUAGUCCAUUAGGUUUUGAAAAAUUAAGUAACAGAUUGCAAGAAUCUAAUUUAGUUGAUACAUUUGAAUGUAUAGAAGAAACAAUUGGAGAUCAAACAUGUGGCACAUUCAAUACUAACAUUAGCCUCGAAAACGAAACAAGAAAUUUACUUUCAGAUCCUUAUUAUAGAAAAAAUGUCAAUAAAACAAAUCAAGAGACAGAUGUUUCUAGAGAUGAAGAAAUUGCUAUAAGGUUACAAGCAGAAGAAUUUCAGAGAAAUUCGAAUUUCGAAAGUUAUAAUAGUUUGAGACAUUUUUCUGAAUUAAGUGAUAUUAGUUUGCACAAUAAUAGUAUAUUACAGCAUAAUAUAGAUGUAACAGGUAUACACAGAAUAUCUCACACAUUUUUCGAUUCUUUGUCCAAUGCAAGAACAAGUUUAAAUACAUCUACUGAGCAUAAUGUACUUCCUUCUAAUUUGGAACAACAACCAGAAAGUUUAGUAGAUAUAAAUAAUAGAUUGCAAAGUAUUAAUGUAAGUGGUCGUACCAAUGUUGAACCAAUAUAUGGAUCAAGUAAUGUGGGAUCUAAUUACACAGAAACACAUGUUUCUCGCUCUAGACUUUUAGAUGGAGCAGAUGGACCAAAUACUAUUUGCGGUACUGAUAUAGAUUUAAUUAAUAGACGAUCAUUAAAUUCGAGAAUUGAUAAUUCUCCCGUAAGAAUGGGGGUACGAGAAGCUCCUGAUGGAGAAGAAGGAUUAGAGCCGCAAAUUCUUACACCUUUGCAACCUUUGUCGAAUCAGUUGAUACGAACAAUAUCAAACAAUAGCUUACCAGAUAGCGUAGGUACAAAUACGGUAUGUUCAUCUGAAUCGAGAAAUAUUGAAAAUAGAGAGUCAGAAGCUAAUACCUCUUCAGAUGUAAGAAUUCCAGAGUGGAUAUCAAGACCUCGUACACCCCUAUAUGUGGUAUUUAACGAUCGUGCUUUGAUUCAGUUGAACGAAAUUUUAGGAACCAAAAUUAACGACCAAAAAAUAGCGAUUGAAAACGUAUUACGCGAAGAUCCUAGAUCAGUGUAUUUAAGGCAACGAUGGGGUAGUCAGUUUUAUACUUUCUUAAUUCACGAUUUACACAUCACGUGUAGAUUCGACGAUAAUAGGGGUAUAGUUACAGUUUUUCAAGUUAGACACGCUGGUCGUAUUUGUGAAUGCGGAGAACCUGAAUGGCAAUGUUUGGGUCAUUCACCACCUUCAUCUUAA